UUCAAUAUGACUAUAGACAAUACAUUUAGCAUCCAUAGAAAGCUUUUGAAACUGUUCUCACUGGCUCAGGACAAAGUCUGUAUGGAAAGGCAGAAACUCUGAAUGGGCUUUGUGGAAAGAAUUUCAGAGGAAUCCGUGUCAGAGGGUUCUGAUUCUCUGCUGAUAGAAGGAAUUAAGUUAUUUUAAAAGCUGGGAUAAUACAUUUUUCUUAAAUGAGAAAAUGAGGAAUACUUGUCUGAGACAGAACAUACUGGAAUAAACAAUCAUCACAUCAAGCAGAACUCAUCUAUAAUCUUGCUGGUGAAAUAAGAUUCUUUUCUACAAGUACAUUGUCAAAAUGCCAUUCUUUGGCUGGAUGAAAUGGCCAAAAAGUUAUUCUUACAAAAGUGGACAAUACUCUGGCUCAGAAGUUGUGACAAAGACACUUCUGAGAGAACUAAAAUGGCAUUUGAAAGAACGUGAGCAGCUGAUACAGGAGAUUGAAAGUGGACACAAAAUUCAAAAUCCUGAAAGUGAUUACAAUGGAAUAAGGAGCUACCAAAAUUUUAAAAUAACUAUCCCAGCUACUGAACAACGACAACUUGAAAUUCUUUGCUCUCAAAUCCAACCAUGUCAAACUGGAAUCAUACUCAGCAGAUUUCGAGAGGUUCUAGCAGAAAAUGAUGUUUUACCCUGGGAAAUUGUUUAUUUAUUCAAACAAGUUUUAAAAGAAUUCCUUACUAAUCUUGAAAAAGAAGCUCAACAAGAUCAACUGACUGAUGCUUGGAACCCCAAUUGCUCCAGCCAAUUCGCAGCAUCCAACACCAACUCCAGGAAAAUGGACAAAGAGGAAAUCCCAACUGUAUCCAGCUAUGUUGACAAAAAUACACAAGGCAUCCUUCCAACAUUCUCCCACAGAAUCCGGAAUCUUCCCUAUUACUACCCAUCAAGUUAAUUAUUUUCUCUAUGCUAAUAUUCAUUCAGCUUGGCUGUAAUCAUUCUAUAAUGAUUCAAUACUCCAAAAUUAUCUUCCCAUCCCACUAUCCUCAUAAAUGCAAAUUUAAACUUAUUAACUACAGCUGGCAUAGUCCUUAAAUAAAUCGGAUGGAUGCUUUUAUACUAACUAAUAGUGUCACAUUAAUAUCUUUCUUAUAGCAGACUUUUUUUGUGGAGGUUUUAUUGUUUUUCUUAGCAUUAAUCCUGCAUGACUGCAGGAUCCCCUUGUUUUCAGUGUAUUCACCUAAUUAUUAGAGCAAAGCUUAACAAUGCAUGAUGCCAUGAGGGUUUUUGUUUAUCAGCUGUCUUAUUUUACAGCCUGAUGCUGAUGUGGACUGAGAGAGUGAUUAGUCCAAGGUCACCCAGCUGACUUCUGGGACCAAGGAAGGAUUAGAAGCUGGAUAUUGUCACUCUGAGUCCACCAUCUUGACUAUGUUGGCUGUCUUUAAUGCCAUUUAUUUUGCCCCUCUAAAUAUGCAAGAACAAAUUAAAAACUUAGCAAUGUUCUGAAAAAUAGUCACAAUGAAAAAUAUUGACAGAUUUUUAUCUUGCGAUUUGCUUACAAUGCAAUAUUUUCAAAACAAAGAUAUUGAACUCAAAUCUGAAAACUUAAAAGGAAGAAAAUAAUCCAUUUUGUAAAAGAUCCUGUUUUUAAUAGACUGGAAACAGGUAGGCUUUACAGAGGCCUAAAGCAGGUCACAACAAUAGCACCAUCUUUUGCCUUAAAAAAAAAAACCACUAGUAAAAGAUGCCAAAGAUACACUAGCACCCAAAGGACAUUUUUUUUAUUUUGACACACCAUUGGAAAAAAUGUGUACACAUUUUAAGUUUUAAUCACUGAUUUAAGACAAAUAUAUAUUUCUCCCUUUGAUUAUGGCUACGAUGUGCUCUCCACAAUUCCCUGGCAUGAGACUACAUCUGGGAUACUGUGGAGCAAUGUUUUUCAACCUCAGCAGCUGUAAGAUAUGUUGAUUUCAACUCCCAGAAUUCUCCAGCCAGCCAAUUGUGGGAGUUGAAGUCCUUACAUCUUAAACGUCCCACAUGAAUGAGAAAUACUGCUGUGGAGGAUGCAAAUAGAAGCCAGACUAAUGCUGGAGUAUUAUUUGCACUGGCACAAAAUUAAAACCUGAAAGAGAAGGGGAAGAUAAAUCUCUGCAAAACCUGCAUGAUAGUUUUAUUUAAACCCUGCAGAAAUUUAGUAAAAACUUUAUCCCUAUAUAGAAUGAUUUGAGAUGGUAUUAAUUCACAGGUUCUAAAAAAAGUGGCUAUAUAAGCCAAAAUUCCUUUCUGCAAUAGUUUGAUAGAAAAGCAGAUGCAGUAGUUAUAUUAUAGCUUACAAUCCUUUAUUACCAAAAAAGAACUCCUUUUUUUCCUUUGCCUCCGAUCCACACAAUUUAGAUUUUAUGCUGUAAUUUUUUUAUGAAAGAUGAAAUCUAGAUUCGCAGAGAACUGGGAUUUUUUAAAUUGCUAAAAAUAGAAUUUUUUUUUACCAAAUGACAUAUAUGUUUUGAAAAACCAUGAAUAAGGUUAGUAUGAGAGAGACAGAGAGAGAGAGAUUUGGAUGAUGGUUAAAAAUCUAACUAAAUGAAUGAUUCUGUCAGUGUCAUGUCUGCAGAUACAGAACUAGUCAGGCUCCUCAGGGUUAAUUUCAAAGAAUAGUCAUAACUUAAAAAUGUUAAGUCAAUGGCUAAGUAUGUACAACAUGCUAAACUAAAAAAUAUGGUUGGUUAAUAUAUGUUGUAUGAAUUUACUCAACAGUAUUGAUUUGGAAACCUCUAGUUAGGCUCUACACUAAAAGCAAUUAAACAAUUGUGAACAUUAAGAAGUAGUAGAAAAAGAGGGCUACAAGGUGUUUCUUUCUCAUUAGUAUUUUUUUGUUUCACUGUCUGAAAAUAAUAUUAUAAAACUGUAAAGUUAAAGUAACAAAUAAAAAUAUUAUUUAAAAGCUGGUUAGCAUACUCUUACUGUGAAUAAAUCUCAUUUGAUCUAUGAUGUUCUUCUUUGCAAACAUGUUGACAAAUGUAUUAUUCUUCAGGACUCAAAUCUCAAAUUAGAAACAGGCAGCAUGAAAAAAGCACAAUGUUAAUUUAUGUAAGAUUGAAAUGUUUUUCUCACUGUUUCUCCAUAAAGAGUUCUCAUUUGCUUUAUUUACAGUUAAAAUACUUAUUACACUACUACAACAACACUGUUAUCAUUUAAACAGGCUAACAUUACCAGGAUAAUAUAGCUAUUCAAUUUAUUUUCAAUUCUCUCUAUAAAGAGACAUGAGAUUAUAACCAUGAGUACUCUUAGAAUUUAAAAUUCUAUAAACAGAGUUAUAGGCUCAAAUGAACUGUGAGAACUGUAGGCACACUGUACAGUAAUUUUACAUUUACAGAGCAAGAGGUCAAUGAAAAUGGUUGUUGAGAUGGAUAGAUCAAAUCCAAGAUCUAUCUAGCUCAGGGUUUAUUCUCACAAUAGACAAUUUAUUUCUAUGAACAGACAUGGGUGCAAGAAUUCUCUAAGAAUUACUAGUAUGCUGUAUAUGGUGCUCAUAAUGGCUGAAUAUGCACAUUACUGUACUAUAAACCCUACUGUGGCUUGGAUUUAGUCUGCUGUGCUGUGUGUACAUAACCAAUUGUAUUUUAUUAAAUAAAUCAUCAGAAAGUUAUGGCUUAUCACUAUAUUAUGUGUGAACACAAUCAAUGUAUUUGGUAAAACUGAAGUUCUGGCAAGCUGAGAGUGAUAAACUUUAAAAAUGUCUAAAACCAAAACCUUAGACAAA